GGCCACCGAACCUCGGCGGCAGCCGCCACCCAAGGACCAGCGCGAGCGGGCCCGGGCCGGAUCGCUGUCUUUGGGCGCGCUGUACACCGCAGCCAUCGUGGCUUUUGUGCUGUUCAAGUGUUUGCAGGGGCAUUCAAGGAUCCAGAGAGGUAAUGGAUAUAAGGGGGCUGAGAAAUUGUAGCUAAUAACCGUUACUUUUACUCCUCCCUCCAGUGAAGAGCGAUUUUCAUACUGGAGCUCAUCAAAGACUGCAAGAACAGGACCUGGUGACACAGUCCUGUUAUUCCAACUACUCUGGGGGAGGAUUGUAAGUUCCAAGGCCUGUCUGGACAAUUUAGCAAGACUCUAUCUCAAAGACAGCGAAGGGUAGGGAUGCUAAAUAAGGAGGCAGGGAUAGGAGCAGGCUUCAGAGUCCUACUGCAGGAAUCUGAAGUUUCACAUUCCGGAGCAUGCUUCAGCAGUCUGGCCAUGUGUGGGCAUCCGGACGUGUCACUUCAUGCUCUGGCAGGGCCCAGAUGAGGCUGCUGUCCCCCGAGAGGAAAAAAACAAGAAGAAAUCCUCACAGUCAGAACAACAGCUGGUGCAGCUGACCCAACAGCUGGCCCAGACAGAAGAGCACCUGAACAACCUGAUGACCCAGCUGGAUCCCCUCUUUGAGCGGGUGACUACUUUGGUUGGAACCCAGCGGGAACUUCUAAACGCAAAAUUAAAGACCAUCCACCACCUUCUACAAGACUGCAAGCCUGGCAUAGGGGUGGAAGCUCCAGAACCAGAAGCCCCCAUACACUUUCCGGAGGACCUGGGGAAAGAAGACCAAGAGGAUGCUGGAAACAGUCAGGCCUGGGAAGAACCCAUAAACUGGAGCUCAGAGACAUGGAACCUAGCUCCUUCCUGGGAAGUGGAGCAGGGGCUGAGGAGAAGGUGGCACAAGACAAAGGGUCCAGCAGUAAAUGGGGGACAAGCACUGAAGGUUUAGUAAAAACAGUCGUCUUGGGAUUGGGGAUUUAGCUCAGUGGUAGAGCACUUCCCUAGAAACUGCAAGGCCCUGGGUUGGGUCCCCAGCUCCGAAAAAAAGAAAAAGGAGGAAAAACAAAACAACAACAAAAAAAAAAACCAGUUGUCUCAUACUAGGUCUUCCUCUGUGCUUUUCCCACUCCCAGCUGUACACACACACACACACACACACACACACACACACACACACACACACGGUGCAUAAGCCAAGCGGGCUUCCCUUAUUAGGAAAAGAGAGACUGCCUUUCAGAAUGUGAAUGGAGAAGACAGACAGUGGGAGCUACAGUUCCCUUGUGUUCCCGAGGCUACCGAUGUGCCAGCCACCGAGGCUCAAACUCGGUUUUCUCAUGGUUUAGACAGAAAGGCCUUUGCAAAAACAAAACAGCAGCACUUUAUUAAAAUCCAGUGAGGAAAUAAAUUAUAGAACUUUUACAUCAUAGGAGGUAGUUCAAGAGGAUCUGGAGUUUAAGGCCACCCUGGGCUACAUGAAACUUUGUCUCAAGAAAAACAAAACUAUGUACAGUAGCCAGGUACGGCAGCACACACCUAUACACCCAACACCUGAGAGGCUGAGGCAGGAGGCAUUCAAGUUCACUGUCAGCCUGGGUCACAUAGUAAGAUCCUUUCUCAAAAAUAAAACAAACCAUAGGCAACAACAAAAUGGCCUCCUUUACAAAGCCGCAAAUGUGAUAACAGCUGGCCACAGACCACAGGAGCUUUACAGCCCCGCCCCACCCCACCCCCAGUGGCAUGGCAUUAAAGGGGCUUGUUCAACUGAG